UUGUUUCCAUUUGUUUGUGGCAAACGCCAGCAGUUAUCUAGUGGCACAUACACUAAAGAUAACGUUACUAUUUUAACUUACAGUAUGUCAGGGUGGAAACAGUAUUGCCUUUAUUUUAUGUGAAGUAUUCUACCCUGAAAUUGUUCAAGACAAAUAGUAGCUACCAAAUGUGUUAGCGUUAGCAAAAACAGGAAAACGUGCGCUCGCGAACAGAAGUAGUUGGCCAGCUAACGUUAGCUAGCUAGUUGAGGUUAAUUGGCUAACUAUCGUUAGCUGCCCUGUUUCUCGUUACCUUUGGUGUUGUAGUGUUGGCUAAGGUUAGCUGACUUACAAUUGUAUAUUGAUGGAGUGCCCUCAUCUGAACUCAAACGUUAGCUCUCUUACCGAUUCCUCCAGGUUCCCCAACGGAACUCCGUCCUCCUGGUGUUGCAACGUUUGCAGGUCUAAUAAAAGUCCAUGGAUUUGCCUUACGUGUCUGAUGGUCCAUUGUGGAAGAUAUGUCAAUGGACAUGCAAAGAAACACUUUGAAGAGAGCCAAGUCCUUGGCAUUAGUCAAAAGAAGGGUGAGAAACAGGAGAAAGAGAAAUGCCAUCAUUCUGUCUGCAUGGACUGCAGCAACUUCAGUGUAUUUUGUUAUAGAUGUGAUGACUUUGUUGUCAAUGACACCAAACUCGGGCAGGUGCAGAAGGUGAGGGAACAGCUUCAAACUUUAGAAAACUCAGCACUGAUGGGUGACAGACAGAGGAAAAGAAAACUUGAAAGCCCAGCUCCAGACAGCAAGUUGUUAAAAGUCAAUGAUGGGGCAGCUUUAGGUGCUACAGGCCUGCGGAACUUGGGCAACACAUGCUUCAUGAAUGCUAUUCUGCAGUCCCUCAGCAACAUCAAGCAGUUCAGCUGUUAUUUCAAAGAGUUGCCUGCAGUGGCUCUACGCAGUGGUAAGACGGCAGGAAGACGGAUGUACCACACCCGCAGCCAAGGGGACAACAGUGUGUCUUUGGUGGAGGAGUUCAGGAAAACCCUUUGUUCCCUGUGGCAAGGCAGCCAGACCGCCUUCAGUCCAGACUCCUUAUUUUACGCUAUAUGGAAAAUCAUGCCAAGUUUCAGGGGCUAUCAGCAGCAGGAUGCCCAUGAGUUCAUGCGUUACCUGCUGGACCACCUCCACAGGGAGCUCCAGUACAGUCGCAACGGGGCGCCACACCCAGUCUCACCUCAGGAUACGGUCAGACUCUCCACCGCAGAGGGCAAAUGCUGCAUAAAUGGGACUGCCAGUGUCGUCACAUCCAUUUUUGGUGGCAUACUUCAGAAUGAAGUCAACUGCCUGAUAUGUGGGACAGAAUCUCGGAAGUUUGAUCCAUUUCUUGAUCUGUCUCUGGACAUUCCCAGCCAGUUCAGACAAAAGAGAAGUAAGGACCAGGAGGCAGGGCCAACAUGCACCUUACGUGACUGCUUACGUAGCUUCACUGACCUGGAAGAACUUGAUGAAACAGAGCUGUACUAUUGCCAUAAGUGUAAAAAACGACAGAAAUCCACUAAGAAGUUCUGGAUCCAGAAGCUGCCAAAGGUUUUGUGUCUCCACCUAAAAAGGUUCCACUGGACAGCCUUUUUGAGAAACAAGGUGGAUACCUAUGUGGAAUUUCCACUGAAAGGCCUGGACAUGAGGAGCUACUUACUUGAGCCAGAGAAUUCAUUACCAGAAAACUGCCUGUAUGACCUUGCUGCUGUCGUAGUGCAUCACGGUUCUGGGGUUGGAUCUGGGCAUUAUACAGCAUAUGGCAGCCACGAAUGCCGCUGGUACCACUUCAAUGACAGCACAGUGACUCUGACCAAUGAGGAGGCAGUGAGGAAGGCCAAGGCCUACAUCCUCUUCUACGUGGAGAGGACUGAACAGGUGGCCUCAGACAAGACUGCCACGAACAGCACCACCACUAACAAUCCUGCUGUGGACAGUGUUUCUUCUGAAGUAGUUCCUCAGGACCAGGUAGCUGCAGACACGGUUGCCACAGACAUGGAUGUGGCAGCCUCACACAUGAAUACCCUGGACGUGGCAGCACCCGUUACUGCUGCGUUGGAAAAUGUUGGUGAAGACAUGGCUGAACUGCAUACAGCUGACACAGCUUCUAUGGAGGCUGCCACAGACAGGGAUACCUCAGAGGAAGGCGGCCAAGCUAUAGAAGCUGCUGCACAAUAAUUCUGCCACUGCCUCCUCACUCCAUUUUGACUUCACCCUAGUCACAUUUCUCACAGUGCUUGAUUUUAAAUAGUUAAUUUUCACGUUUAACGUAUGUGCAAGUCUUUUGUUUUUUUAUGACCUGCAUGACAGCAUCAUGUAUUAUUUGCUGCUUGAGUUUUGUUUAGUAUGACUUUCUGCAUUUAUUUCCUUGAUGUUGUAUUCCUCAGUUGAGGUACAUUUCUCCGUAUGUAAUAGAUUCCAAAGGUGAUUGUUUGAAAUAAUGAAGUAAAACUGUAGCCUUGGAAAACCUCAGUUGGUCCAAUGUUUAGGAGAGAUUGAGAUUCAUUGUGUCAAGACACUGUGUCAUUUAACAAUAUUUGGAGUUUCUAAUGUUUUUCAAGUUUCUAAUUUUGUAAUUUCCACCUCUUAAGAACCUCAUAGUUCUGUUUUCCACUUAUUAGGGGAGAUUUUAUGAUAUAGAAUGCAAUGCAUUUAUUGAUUAUUAGCUGCUGAUUGAGGCUUUAGAAAGUUGUUUAAUGUGUUGACCAGAACCAAUGUGAAACAAAGGAUCAUUCACAAAUUGA